CGGGCUUUAUGUUUAUGUAUAACUUGGUAUAACCUAUAUGUUUGUAAAACACAACAAAAAAAUUUAUGAAAAUGUAGAUUUAAAUAUUAUAUGCUAUAAUUUUGUUAAUAUAUUAUAAGAUCUUCGAGUAUUUCUCUACUGUUUCUCAUUGAAGUUUUACUUAAACAUAAAAAUGCCUACAGUUAUAGCAUUAGAUGUUUCUUUGUCAAUGCGGAGACCGGUAUUAACAAGUGGACCAAAUGAUAAUUUACAAAAUGAACCAUUAACGCGACACCAUUUAGCAGUGCAUGGUAUAAACGCUCUGUUACAUUAUUUGCAAGCUAAUUCAAAAUUGGAAUUUGUGUCGCUGAUUGUAUUUUCAUCAUUGUACGAAGUGGUUUGUCCUUUCACACGGGAUUAUGACAGCAUACGUGCAAAGUUACAAACUAUCGAUGAAUGGGACAAGACAUGUAUCCAAAGUGCAUUGCAUGGUGUUAAUAAUGUAAUUAUGGCAGAAUGGGGUAAUGUUACAGCUUGCCAAGUGAUAUUAAUUACAGACGGUAAUCCUGGUGUAGGAUCAACGUCCUUAAGUAAUUUUUUAAAUUCUUUAAAUUCUUUAAAUGUCACGCAAGAUACAAACCCCUUUCCGCUACCUUUUCCAUACCCUGGAAAAUUAAGUAUAGUUUGCGUUGGAUCACAACAAGAUCCUAGUUUGCAAAUUGGUUUACCUCUUUAUCAACGUUUAGCUGAUCUAGCUGGAAGUGACAGUGCUGUAUUAGUUCCAGACUCACCACUAAAUAAAUAUUCUGUUGCGGCUUGCUUCCAGAAACUAGCUGAAACAAAUUAUGUAUCUUUCCAAGGAUAUUUGAAAUGUGGCCAUUUAGGUUCCCGUAUUUCACUAUCUCCACCUCCUAUGCCUUAUACAAAAAAGACAGAUUUUGAAUUAGUCCCAGGUUUGGUGAUAUCAAAAACUAUAGAAAUAUGUGGAUUUAUAUCUGUGGGAGAUGUGGGUAGUCCAAGUUCUAUUUCUAGACAUUUGGUAUUACCAUUGGCAACAGAGAAGACCUCAAGUAUGCAAGGUAUAUCAUUAGAAGAAGAUUCAGAUACUGAUGAAAAUGGAGAUGAAGGAAGACUGCCGUCUUUUUGUGUGUUACUUCACGGAGCAUUAAAGGUGGAAAAUAUGGCAGCGCUUUGUUUAUUGAACAAUGAAUGGUAUGGAUUCAUAUAUUCUUGGGCAGAUACUAAAAAAAAAUCCAAUUUAAUGUUAACGGUAUUAGAACCGGGAUCUGAUGUUGUGCCAUGGUUAGGCAAUUUCAAUAACUUAGGUCCAUUGGAUGUGGUGAAAGGUUCUCCAGUCAGCUUUCCAGUUAGACCAACUGAAAAAAGAAGUUAUACCCAAAAUGCUCCCUCAUGGAUUCGCCAAGUUGGCUUGCAAUCUGAUAUUCAAAAAAUAUUAAGACAUGCAAGAAAAUUGCCUGAAAAAACGCAAAACUUUUAUAAGGAGGUAAAUAGAUUACGGCGUGCAGCAGCAUCAAUAGGAUUUAUUGAGUUAUUAGAAGGAUUAGCAUGUAUCUUGGAGAGAGAAUGUACAUUGCUACCACCGAAUUUAAAUCCUGACUGCACGAUCCAAAUGGGACAUGUUGCAUCAAUGAUCAGAAAACCAGAAUUUCUGGAACUCAGAUACAAUAUUCCACCUGCACGGACGAAAUUUCAACCUGGAUCGUAGUUUGCAAUACAAACUAAUUAGAAUUAUAUUAAUAUUUAUAUAAAAUAUUGGACACUUACACAGUAAAAAUAAAAUUUGUUU